AUGUCUACUUCCGUCAAGUCAGUCAAGAAUAUUGUUCCUCUGUUGGACCGCGUGCUUGUUCAGCGCAUCAAGGCCCAGGCUCAGACUGCUUCUGGUAUCUUUAUUCCCGAGAAGAACGUCGAGAAGCUCAGCGAGGCCAGCGUUAUUGCUACCGGCCCCGGCAUCACUGAUAAGGAUGGCAAGAGCGUGCCCACCAGCGUCAAGUCCGGCGACAAGGUCCUGAUCCCUCCCUACGGCGGCUCUUCCGUCAAGGUGGGCGAGGAGACUUAUUUGCUGUUCCGCGACAACGAGAUUCUUGCCAAGAUCAACGAGUAA